AUGUUUGCCAAUAUAAUAACUUAUGUGAAACAAGUUUUUUGGGGAUUGAUAAAUUUAGGCUUUACACAGAAGAGCGAGGGCGAGGCGGCUCCCGAGGCGGCCUCCAAGGCGGCCUCCAAGGCGGCCUCCAAGGCGACUCCCGAGGCGGCCUCCAAGGCGGCCUCCAAGGCGACUCCCGAGGCGGCCUCCAAGGCGGCCUCCAAGGCGACUCCCGAGGCGGCCUCCAAGGCGGCCUCCAAGGCGGCCUCCAAGGCGGCCUCCAAGGCGGUCUCCAAGGCGGCUCCCGAGGCGGCCUGCAAGGCGGCCUCCGAGGCGGCCUCCAAGGUGGCUCCCAAGGCGGCCUCCGAGGCGGCCUCCAAGGUGGCUUCCAAGGCGGCCUCCGAGGCGGCCUCCAAGGUGGCUUCCAAGGCGGCCUCCGAGGCGGCCUCCAAGGUGGCUUCCAAGGCGGCCUCCGAGGCGGCCUCCAAGGUGGCUUCCAAGGCGGCCUCCGAGGCGACCUCCAAGGCGGCUUCCAAGGCGGCCUCCAAGGCGACCUCUAAGGCGGCUCCCAAGGCGGCCUCCAAGGCGACCUCCAAGGCGGCUCCCAAGGCGGCCUCCAAGGUGGCUCCCAAGGCGGCCUCCGAGACUUCCGAGGCGGCCUCCAAGGCGGCCUCCGAGGCGACCUCCAAGGCGGCUCCCAAGGCGGCUCCCAAGGCGGCUCCCAAGGCGGCCUCCAAGGCGGCUCCCAUGGCGGCCUCCAAGGCGGCUCCCAAGGCGGCCUCCAAGUCGGCUCCCAACGCGGCCUCCAAGGCAGCCUCUAAGGCGGCCUCCAAGGCAGCCUCCGGGGAUGCCGUACACGUCAACUACCCAGUCAUGCCGUACAUGAGGUCUGUCUUGACCAAGCUGUUUGCUGACCUCAGGAGCGAUUACAAGCUUUGCAUUGUUGUGCCCGAUGGCUUCAGCGGCGACCUGCAACUGAAGGGUUCUGCUAACGGCGUCAAUGCUGCCCUGUGCAUGAUCUCUACUAUUGCGGAGGCAGCCAAGGAGUGCUAGCGCUUUUAGGAGGAAAAACGUGCAAGUAAAGAGAGGCGGAAGUAAUAGACAGCUUUGAAGAAGGGUAAUUCUGGGAAGUGGCCAUUGCAGCAGACGGUGGAGGUCCCCAAGGAGCACCACCGGCUCUUGUUGGGCAAGACGGUCAAGGAAGUCAGCUAGAAAUGCAAAGCAAAGCUGGUCCUGCCCCCCAAGGAAGUACCUGUGGAUGUGGUCCUCAUCUAUGCGCGCUCUAUAGAGUAGUUGGAAGCUGCCAAGCUGUUGGUGCAAAAGACCUUAACGACAAAGCUCGCCGAGGAGCAGAUGUGGCGCUUUACAAAGUUUAUCUUUGUGCCUCAACUUCUGCACAAUCAGGUGGAAGCCAUGGGCAAGAAGCUGGUGAGUGCUAAGUUCAAGAUCCCGCCUUAGGGUUCAAAAGGCUGUUUCGUGAAGGUGUCUGCCCACACCGAGGAGGACCUGCAGGUUGCCGUCGAUGCGCUUAAUAAGAUCGUAGAGUCGAUCCACGUCUCCAAUGUAAUUGUAGUCUCGGAGCAGGAUCUUGCUACGUUGGUCCCCAAAGCCCAGGAAGCAGAGAAGUUGUUCCACGUGGAGGUCAAGUUCCCCGAGGUUGUUAUGGCCUGCAACUGGGUGGCCGUCAAGGGCUUUCCCUGGAAUGUUAAAAAGGCUCUGGAUUUCAUGCGGCCAACCUGCCGGGCGAAUAGUGCAAAAGUUGGGGAAAGUAAUUUAACCAUUCCCGUAGAGUCAAUGCCUGAGCGAAGGAAUGUGAGGGGUAAGCUCCCUCACUCCACGGAGCUAAUUUAACGAAACGGCAAAGACUGAAACAGUUUAAAGUGAAAA